GUUGAAACCAAUUUUUUUAUUUAAAAAACAAAAGUCAACGGCAAGUAAUGGGAUAGUAACAUGGUUCGGGUGGUUAAGCUUAACGGUGUUUGUUGCGCCUCCGUGUCCCGUUCUUGUUUCCCUCCAUUGCUGAUUUGCUUUUGAGGUGCUAUAAAUGGCAAUUCCAUAACGGAAGCUCAACAACAAGAAGUAACACUCUUCCUCUGACAGGUUUACUGAAGAUUGCAUACCGAAAAUUUUGUUACAACGGCAACUACGGCACAGACAUUGUCAACCAUGGCAGUUGGUGCCGAAAACAUGGGUAAUGUUAAAAGGCAGUUGGUACAGCUGUUUGAGGUAUCUCUGCAAGCAACCGUACCUAGCGAGACAGAUAUAGCACCAUUAGUUGAUGCUUGCAUUGCAAAAUCUGGUGUAAGAUUUGGCGAUUACCAAUGUAAUAAUGCAAUGGGUUUAUGGUCUAAGAUAAAAGGAAAGCAGACAGAGUUUAGGGGUCCGACUGCUGUUGGGCAGGCCGUAAUGAAGAAUCUUCCCCCUUCUGAUAUGGUAGAAUCAUGCUCUGUAGCUGGCCCUGGAUUUGUGAAUGUUGUCUUAUCAAGGAAUUGGAUAGCAAAGAGCUUACAAAAGAUGCUAAUUGAUGGUAUUGAUACAUGGGCACCAUGCCUUCCAGUCAAGAGAGCUGUUGUCGAUUUUUCGUCACCCAACAUAGCAAAGGAAAUGCAUGUUGGUCACCUGAGAUCUACCAUUAUUGGGGACACAUUGGCUCGCAUGCUUGAAUUUUCACACGUGGAGGUUCUACGCCGAAAUCAUGUUGGUGACUGGGGAACACAGUUUGGAAUGCUCAUUGAAUUCCUUUUUGAAAAAUUUCCAAACCCAGAAGAUGUCAAUGAAGCAGCCAUUGGAGAUCUUCAGACAUUUUAUAAGGCAUCAAAAGCGAGAUUCGACAGUGAUCCUGAAUUUAAACAAAGGGCUCAACAGGCUGUUGUCCGGCUUCAGGGUGGGGAAGACACAUAUCACAGGGCUUGGAAACAAAUUUGUGAAAUUAGUAGAACUGAAUUCCACAGGGUCUAUGAACGCCUUGGUAUUCAAUUGGAGGAAAAGGGAGAAAGCUUCUAUAGUCCAUAUAUCCCUGGGGUUUUGGAGGAAUUGAAUAAAAAAGGAAUCAUCGAAGAUGAUAAAGGUGCUCGUGUGAUAUUUGUUCAGGAUGUAAACAUUCCACUGAUUGUUGUGAAGAGUGAUGGUGGUUACAACUAUGCUUCAACUGAUCUAGCAGCACUUCGGUAUCGGAUAAACGAAGAAAAAGCUGAGUGGAUUAUAUAUCUCACAGAUGUUGGGCAGCAGCAACACUUUGAUAUGCUAUUUAAGGCUGCUAAGCGCGCAGGUUGGCUGCCAGCUGAUGAUGGUUCAUACCCAAAAGCUACUCAUGUAGGUUUUGGUCUUGUUCUUGGGGAAGAUGGAAAAAGAUUUCGGACUCGUAGCACUGAGGUUGUUAGAUUGGUUGAUUUGCUUGAUGAAGCCAAGAAUCGCAGUAAAACUGCCCUUCUUGAACGUGAUACAGCUAAAGAAUGGCCCGAGGAGGAGGUUGAGAAAACAUCACAGGCAAUUGGUUAUGGUGCUGUUAAGUAUGCUGACUUGAAGAACAACAAACAAACAAAUUACACAUUCAACUUUGAUCAGAUGCUCAAUGAUAAGGGCAAUACUGCUGUAUAUUUGCUGUAUGCACAUGCUAGGAUCUGUUCGAUCAUCAGGAAAUCUGGUAAAGACAUAGAAGAAGUAAAAAGAAAUGCUAAAAUAGCGUUGGAUCACGAAGAUGAGCGCGCAUUGGGGCUUCAUUUGAUACAAUUUUCGGAGGUUAUUGAGGAAGCAUGCACCAAUUUAUUGCCUAAUGUCUUGUGUGAAUACCUCUAUAAUUUGUCAGAAAUCUUCACAAAAAAGUUUUAUUCUAAUUGCCAGGUUGUUGGGUCGCCUGAGGAAAGUAGUAGACUCUUGUUAUGUGAAGCAACAGCAACUGUGAUGAGGAAGUGCUUCCAUCUCCUUGGAAUUGUACCUGUUUAUAAGAUAUGACCUCUUUCAUAAAGGAUUCCUUCAAAUUCUAAAGCUUUUGCAGCUCUAAUUUUUUAUUUGUAUAUAAGUUUUAAGGACAAUCACAAAAUCAAAACUCUUAUGGUAAACUAUUAUAUCUGUUUUUUUUAUGACCAUUCACGCGGUCAAGGUAAAAUGUAGUUAUUUUUGCUGAUUUAGUAUUACAUAUUUCGAUACACAAGUAAAACUGCAUCAAAAUUAAAUUUAAAUUAUAUUACUA